AACGCGAAGCGAGGCGGCCAUCUCUGUCGGCGCCGGAAGUAAUACCAGCUAGCGACUGGAACUGUAACGGUUCUCGUCUUCGUCAUCUGAAGAGGAGUAGCAAGGAUUGGACCAAUGCGCAGCGUGACCGGGUCCAGGAGGAGCUCAACAGGGUUAUAGGAAGUAGUCAGCCCUUGGUAGAGGACAGGAAGAACCUUCCCUACACUGAUGCAGUGAUCCAUGAGACCCAAAGACUGGCCAACAUUGUACCCAUGUCCAUCCCUCACACCACCAGCCGAGAUGUCACCUUCCAGGGAUAUUUCAUCAAAAAGGGGACAUCUGUGAUUCCUCUACUGACGUCAGUCCUACAGGACGAUAGCGAAUGGGAGAGCCCCAACACCUUUAACCCUUCACACUUUCUGGAUGAGCAGGGAGGAUUUGUCAAGAGGGACGCCUUCAUGGCCUUCUCUGCAGGUCGUAGGGUGUGUCUGGGGGAGGGUCUGGCCAGGAUGGAGCUCUUCCUCUUCUUCACCUCCCUCCUGCAGCGCUUUCGUUUCUCUCCUCCUCCUGGAGUAACAGAGGAUGAUCUGGACCUCACACCAUUACUGGGGUUCACCCUCAACCCUUCACCUCACCAGCUGUGUGCUGUGAGCCGGGUCUGAGAUUUUAACAUGAAACUACUGGUGGGACAAACUCAAUCAAAAAAGCUAAUAUGAAUCGAAACCCAUUAAAUGCAUCAUCAUAAUAACCAAUCCCAGAAAUUAGUUUGCGUGACACACACAAACAUUAUUAUAUUUUGUUUGAUCGGUGCAUAGGCUGAUUCCAAUGCCCUUUUAGAUUUAAUUGCAAAGGAAGACCACAGUAGUGGAACAUACUUCAUAGAGUAAAGUUAAUUUUAAUUCAAAAUGUCAUGUUCCAGCUAAGAAGAAAGUUUAUAAAGCUUCUGCUUGGCUUCAACCAUUGCAUUGUUUAAAGUUCCAUGGGAAAUUAAAACAAUCUAUCAGGGUAAAUCCAUUUAAAUUCCAUCACUUUUUGACAGCACCCCAUUUGAUUUGAAUGAAACCUUCCAUACAUAUACUCACCAGCCAGUUCAUUAGGGACACCCUGUUCAUGAAAAUGGAUCGCACUUAUACAGUGAGUCACGUCAAUUGCAAUAAAGCUGGCAGACAGGCUUUGAGACAUUCAUUUACUGUUUGAACAUUAGAAUGGGCAAAAGGUGUGAUCUAACUGACUUAAGGUGGUAUGAUCAUCGGAGGAAGGCACGCCGGAUUCAGUAUCUCCUUUCACGCACGACAGUGUCUAGGUUUUACAGAGAAUGGCGCGACAAAAAACAUCCAGUCAGCCACAAUCCUGUGGGUGAAAACAGCUCAUUGAGGAGGGAGGUUGAAGGAGAAUGGCAAGAAUCAUGCAAGCUAACAGGCAGACAGCAAACAGACAAAUAAUACAGUUGUGUGUAGAACAACAUCUCGGAACACACACCUUGUUGAUCCUUGUCACAGAUGAGCUAUUGCAGCAGACGACCACACAGGGUUCCACUCCUAUCAGCUAACAACAAGAGGAAGCUCCAUUGGGUACUGUUAGUUGAGAAUGAUCUGUUAAUUGAAUGAUUAGUAUAUUCCGCCCUGAAACAUAUAAUUCUAUGGAAUUGAUUAGAAUGUAUAAAAUGAUAAUCAAUAAAUGUGUAGUCCUAGUCAGAAUUAGGGUAAAACUAUAUGUCAGACUUUCUGAGUUUGGUGCCAACCUGACUAGAGAUUUGGGAGAGAACGGGGAGUACGUCUCAAGGACAAGGUCCUGGACAUUGUGUCCGUCUGUUUUGUGUGUAUGUGUGUGCGUAUGGUUGUGUGAAUGUGUGGGCGUGAGAAGUCGGUAUAAAAUAAAUUUCUUUGUACUGUGCAUGCCAGAACGUUCCCAUGAAUAAACCUUUUUGACUAUUUUA